UUUGUCCACAUACCAUUAGUUGGCCACUUAGAUUUGACUUUUCUGGUUUGUUUUUUAUUUUGAAAUUUUUGUAAGUCCAUAACUCGGUCAUGAUGUUUUGAUUUCUGUGUUUUCAUUUUCACGGUACAGAAAAUAUCACAUUAAAUACUAUUUUUAAGUAUGACAAACACGAAAGAACGAACGUUAUACUUUCUGAAGGCGAAAUAGAAUUGCUUGCACUUCACUCUUAGUACGACUAAUGUUUUCCAAUGUUAUGAUGACAUGCGUGGUUUGUCGACUAUCAUGAGUCGAGACAAAAAAACAUGUCUUUAUCGAGGGCUAGGCCGGCCAAGGCCAUGUAAUAAGAAAAACCCAAGAUUCUUAUGUCCAAAAGAAACCAUCCAAGCUAACUAUAGCAUGGGGCACAAGUAUAUAUGUAUAUAUAGGUACUACCGUGCUGAUUAGUCCUAAUCAAUAUUUAUAAUUAACACACAUUAGAUUUGAUUUCGGUACAAAGUUAUAUGUCAACAGUCAUAUGAGUAUAUGAUAAUAGUUCAUAUAUCACUUUGAUUAAUCUGAUCAUCACCCUAACCAUUCCCACGAAUAUAUAUAUAUAUAUAUAUAAUAAUCAUAAUGAGAUGAACAAGACAAUAAAUGUUGUAAAGAAUGGUUCCCAUCACAAUGCUGCCAAAAAUCUUUGCAGUUGCUCUAAUAAUAUAUCUAUUUUCAUCACAAUGAUGAAUGUGUGCCAAUCUGUUCUUUAUUUUUAAGUCCAAAAAUAUGAUCUUUCCAAUGCUUAUGGUCUCUCUUCACUCUUUCAGUAUGAUCAUAUGAGUUUCUAAGUAUAUUCUUCACAGAUUUCAUAGUUUGCUUUGUAGAAUUCUUUCUGUUUUUAAGCCUUUCUGUGUUUAGAUUCAUCUGAAUUUCUGAAUUCUUGUUCUUUAAACAUGGCUUCUUCUGAAUUUCUCACCGUCGGUGAAUCUCCCGACGAUCUAAAUUUGGUUGCGCUUAUGCUACGCCAGCUCGAAUUCAUUUUUCUCUCCCCGUGUUCAGAAAGGAUUAUGUCUUCUGCUAUCGACUGUGUUUUUUUAUUUACCGUAAUUGCGUUUGCGAUGAAGAGCGUAUGCUCUAGAUUCGUUCUUGAUCGAAAUUCCAGAUCUUCGGUCCUUCGCAAGCCCCUCCUUAGCGACGAAAAAUCUGGUUUUCGAAUCAGUCUAUGGUUUAAAGUUUCAUUUGGAGUAGUUGCUCUGUUAUCUUUUGCAUAUGUUGUUCUUACCAUAGCGGCAUUGAGCCGAGGCAUAGGAUCAUUGCAAUGGAGUUUAGUCGAGAUUUUGUUUCGAUUGUUUCGAGCAGCAGCCAAUCUGUUAGUUCUGUUUCUUAUAGCUCGGGAGAAACGAGUCGGCGCCGUUUCUCAUUCGAUACCCCUUAGAACGUAUUGGGUAGCGAGCUUUGUCGUUGUGUGUUUCUUCUUCAGUGCAGCUCUCUUUCGAGUAAUCUCUAACGAUCAAAAUGUCGUGCCUAAUCUGAAAGUUGAUGAUCUCGUCGCCUUGGCGAGCUUCCCAUUGUAUGUUUUCCUGUUUAUCGUCGCUCUCAAAGGAUCUUCGGGGAUCAGUUCGAUUAUCAAAGACAACGGCGACGUUGAUUCGAAUAUCAGUAACUACGCAACGGCGUCGUUAUUGUCCCGAGCGACAUGGCAUUGGAUGAAUCCGAUUCUCCGCAAAGGCUACGAGUCCCCUCUAAAAAUCGACGAAGUUCCCUCGCUUCCAUCCGAUCAUCAAGCGAAGCGAAUGUCUGAAAGUUUCGAGCUACAUUGGCCUAAGCCUUCGGAAAACUCGAAGAACCCUGUAAGAGCGAUGCUUCUUCGAUGUUUCUGGAAGGAUCUCGUCUUCACCGGCGUUCUCGCAGUUGUACGUUUGUCUGUAAUGUACAUCGGUCCGGUCUUGAUCGAAAGCUUCGUCAGUUUCAGCUCCGGCGACAGAAGUAAUCUGUACCGAGGCUUUUGUCUGGUUUCGAUACUCUUCGUUGCAAAGAUCGUCGAAGUUCUUACAUCGCAUCAGUUCAAUUUUUUGUCGCAGAAGCUCGGGAUGCUUAUUCGAUCGACUCUGAUCACCGCUCUAUACAAGAAAGGCCUCCGAUUGUCGUCGUCGUCGAGACAGGCUCAUGGAUUAGGACAGAUUGUGAACUACAUGGCCGUAGAUUGUCAGCAGCUCGCGGACUUAGUGUAUCAGCUGCAUACUCUGUGGAUGAUGCCGUUUCAAGUCGGCAUCGCGCUCCUGCUGCUCUACGUGUACCUCGGAGUCUCCGUAAUCGUCUCGUUGGCUGCCGUCAUCGGCGUAAUGUUCUUGACAUUGUUGAUAACGCGCAAGAAUCGAUUGUUUCAGUUCAAUGUGAUGAAGAAUCGCGACUCGAGGAUGAAGGCGACGACGGAAUUUCUCAACAACGUCCGCGUGAUCAAGUUCCACGGCUGGGAAGAACAUUUCGGGUCGAAAAUCCGGGCGGCGCGGCGAAUGGAGUUCGAUUGGCUCGGGAAAUUUAUGUACGCGAUUUCGGGGAACUUGGUUCUUCUUUGGAGCAUCCCUCUUGCGAUCGCAGCGCUUACUUUCGGUGUCGCGACGAUGAUCGGAGUACCUCUUGACGCUGCGACGGUGUUCACGGCGACGUCGGUGUUCAAGAUCUUGCAAGAACCGAUUCAGAACUUCCCGCAGACGCUCAUCGCAAUAUCGCAGGCUGUCGUGUCCUUGGGACGUUUGGAUGGCUAUCUAACAAGCUGUGAAUUGGACGACGAAGCUGUCGAGAGAGACGACGGGCGCGAUGAUGGGACCGCGAUCGAGUUUAAAGAUGGCGUUUUUGCGUGGGGCGACGAAGGGGGACAAUGUGUUCUUGAGGGUAUAAGUUUCGAGAUCAAGAAAGGUGAGCUUGCGGCUGUCGUUGGCACCGUUGGAUCGGGGAAAUCGUCGUUGCUCGCCGCAAUUCUCGGCGAGCUUCACAAAGCUUCGGGAAAGGUUAGAGUUUUCGGGACGACGGCGUAUGUAGCGCAAGCAUCGUGGAUACAGAACGCGACGAUUCGAGAAAACAUCCUCUUUGGUUCGCCGAUGGACGAGGAGAAGUACAAUGAUGUAAUAAGAGUGUGUUGUCUCGAGAAGGAUUUGGCGAUGUUAGAACACGGCGAUCGAACAGAAAUCGGCGAGCGUGGAAUCAACCUCAGCGGCGGACAAAAGCAACGGAUACAGCUCGCGAGAGCUGUGUAUCAAGACUGCGAUAUCUAUCUUCUCGACGAUAUCUUUAGCGCAGUCGAUGCUCACACUGGGGCUGAAAUAUUUAAGGAAUGCGUAAGGGGAGCUCUCAAGGAUAAAACGAUAUUACUCGUUACUCAUCAAGUCGACUUCCUACACAACGCCGAUCUUAUAUUGGUAUUGCGCGACGGGAGAAUUGUGCAGUCGGGGAAGUACGACGAGCUUCGACAAUCAACGAUCGACUUCGGCGCACUUGUCGUCGCUCACGAAACCUCCGUGGGACUAGUCGAAACGAGCUCAACUGUUUCGAGCACAGAUGCUGGACAAGAUGUCGAAUCUUCUUACAAACAAGUUCCAACGUCUACGCUGCCAAAUGUUUCUGUCCAAAAUGAGGUUAAUGGCGAGCGAGGCGCAUCGAAGAGUAACUCGAAGCUCAUCAAAGAUGAAGAGAGGGAGACGGGACGAGUCAGUCUUCGCGUGUAUAAGGAAUACUGCACCGAGUUGUACGGAUGGUCGGGAGUCGCAGCCGUUAUCAUUACGUCGAUACUAUGGCAGGCGUCGCAAAUGUCGAGCGACUAUUGGCUGGCUUACGAGACUUCAUCCGAGCAUAGCUUCGUCGCCUCUCUGUUUAUCGGGAUUUACUCGGCGAUUGCAGCGAUAUCAUGCGUUUUCUUGGCGGUAAGAUCGAUCCUCGUCGCGUAUCUGGGUCUGAAGAUAGGCCAAAGCUUCUUCGACCGGAUAACGAACAGCAUUCUUCGCGCUCCCAUGUCGUUUUUUGACACGACGCCUUCUGGAAGAGUGUUAAGCCGCGCAUCAUCAGACCAAGCGAACAUCGACAUGUUGAUCCCGUUGUACCUGAGCAUUUCAAUCGUGAUGUACAUUUCGUUGCUCGGAAUUUUGAUCAUGACAUGUCAAUCGGCGUGGCCUACGAUCUUGCUCGUAAUCCCGUUGAUAUGGCUCAACAUUUGGUAUCAGGGAUAUUACAUAGCGACGUCCCGCGAGCUCACGAGGCUCGACCAAAUCACGAAAGCUCCGAUCAUCCAUCAUUUCUCUGAAACGAUAUCCGGUGUUACGACAAUUCGAGGCUUCGGGAAGGAGGAUCGAUUCUUUCAGGAGAACAUGGUGAAGGUGAACACGAACUUGACGAUGAGCUUCCAUAACAGCGCCUCGAACGAGUGGUUGGGAUUCCGGUUGGAGCUGAUCGGGAGCUUCGUCCUGUGCGUCGCCACCGUCUUCUUGAUCUUGUUGCCAACGACCGUCAUAAAACCAGAAUACGUCGGAUUGGCACUUUCUUAUGGUUUGCCGCUUAACAGUGUGCUCUACUGGACUGUGUAUCUUGGCUCCAUCCUGGAGAAUAAAAUGGUGUCUGUGGAGAGAAUAAAGCAGUUCAUAAACAUACCUUCCGAAGCCGAAUGGCGCGGAGAAGAUUCUCCGGCGGAUUGGCCAAGCCGCGGCGCGAUUAAGAUUAACGACCUGCAGGUCAGGUAUCGCGAGAACACUCCGUUAGUACUGAAAGGAAUGUCGCUGAGCAUCGACGGAGGCGAGAAGAUCGGUGUCGUUGGCCGGACGGGAAGUGGGAAGUCGACGCUGAUCCAAGUGUUCUUCAGGCUGGUGGAGCCAUACGCGGGGAGGAUAAUGAUCGACGGGGUCGAUAUAUGCAAGCUCGGGCUUCACGAUCUCAGGUCACAGUUUGGAAUCAUCCCUCAGGAGCCAGUCUUGUUCGAGGGAACGGUGAGGAGCAACAUCGAUCCGCUUGGGUUGUAUUCCGAUGAUCAAAUAUGGAAGAGCCUCGACCGGUGCCAGCUGAAAGAAGUCGUGUCUGCGAAGCCGGAGAAACUCAACUCAUCAGUUGUCGACUCCGGCGAGAACUGGAGCGUCGGCCAGCGACAACUACUGUGCUUAGGAAGAGUAAUGCUGAAAAGCAGCAGGAUUCUGUUCAUGGACGAAGCAACGGCGUCGGUCGAUUCCCAAACGGACGCAGUCAUCCAAAAGAUCGUCCGGCAAGACUUCCCCGGCUGCACGAUAAUCACCGUUGCGCACAGAAUCCCGUCUGUCAUAAACUGCGACCGAGUCCUAGUCAUGGAUGACGGAUGGGCUGCCGAGUUCGACAGUCCGGCAAGGCUUCUAGCGCGACCGACGCUGUUCGGAGCAUUGGUGAAAGAGUAUGCCAACAGAUCAUCAGGCCUGUAAAAGCAGCUCAAAAUCUUCUACAAGGAAAGGGAACUACAGAAAUAUGUAUAAAAAGCAUAUUCAUUAAUCAACAGGAGAUCCUGUUUUUGCUCAAACAAAUGAAAUAUUGCAUAGUCCCAAAUUCAAUGCACAAU